GUCAUUUACGUCGAGACUCGAAAACCAAUGACGAGCCGAGGAAGAAAAAGCAUGACUGGCGCGAGGGUUUUCCCGCGAGGUUAAGUAAAUAUGGCGGAUAUCGGCGAAUUUGAAAUUACGGAAGACGAAGCUGAAUUAUAUGACAGACAAAUAAGAUUAUGGGGAUUAGAUGCCCAGAAAAGAUUACGUUCUUCCAACAUUUUAUUGAUUGGAAUAAAUAGUUUAGGUGGUGAAGUUGCAAAGAAUUUGGUUUUAGCAGGAGUUAAGUCACUUACUAUUAUGGAUAAUAACAAAGUUUCAGAAUUGGAUACCAAAUUACAAUUUUUAUUUUCCAGUAAAGAUAUUGGGAAAAAUCGAGCUGAAGUUGCAUGCCAGCAGUUACAGUUGUUAAAUCCAAUGGUUGAGGUUACUCCUAAUGUUAAUUCAGUAGAAGAUAUAAAUAAUGAAUUCUUCCUAUCAUAUAAUGUAGUUUGUAUAAUUAGUUCAAAUACCAAAACUCUGAUUCGAUUAAAUAAUUUGUGCAGAAAACAUGAAAAAAAAUUCUUUUGUGGUGAUGUUUGGGGAUUUUAUGGCUAUUGCUUCUUAGAUUUGAAUCAUCAUUCUUAUGUUGAAGAAAGAGCAACUUUUACAAUGAAACAGGACUGUAAAGAACCGAAAACAAAGAAACUCCGUACAGAAGAAAAAACGACUCAAAUAAUUACAAAAUCUGUUGAUUUUACAUCUUUAGAAAAAGCACUAGCAGCCAAAGCUGGAAAAUUUGGGACAGCUCUUAAUAAGCAAACUUCCUCUCUGUUUUUUCUUCUUCAUGUAAUUUUCAAGUUUUGGGAAAUUAAUCAACGAUAUCCACAAAUACAGAGUCGUGAAGAUGAUAUUAAUAAACUACUACAGUUGAAAGAUCAAGUAAUGAAAGAAUUAAGUAUUGAUAGUAAACGAUUAGAAGAUCAAGUUUUAAUGCAAGUAUUUGGUGAAUUAAGUCCUGUUUCUGCUGUAGUUGGGGGUGUUUUAGCACAAGAAGUGAUAAAAGCAGUGUCCUGUAAAGAUAAUCCCAUCAAGAAUUUCUUCUUAUUUCACGGAAAAGAAGGCGGAGGAGUCGUAGAAAAUAUCGGAAGGUAAAAAUAAAGCGGCACUUCAUUUGUAUAAUUUCAUCUGCCAAACAUUGACAGUCGGCAAGAAUAUUUAUUGCAUUUAUGAUCAUUUGAAAGAAGAGUAAGGAUAGAAUUUUUGUACACCAGUAAUUCUUUGUUAUAAAAUGUGACAUUGUCAUGUAUGUUUUUUAUAACAUUAAAAGUUAUCUUCAAUUUUAAAUUUUCUGUUUGAGUCUCUGUAAUAUAAGU